UGCUGGAGCCUCUGGGUCCUCAGUAUCCAAAGGCCAGAGUGUCAGACAGCAUGGCCCCUCUACUGCACACGUUAGCCUCAGCACUGCUCCUGAGUUCUCUUGCCUAUGCGCAAACUCGUGGGGACUAUCCUGCAGGCUGUGAUCCACGUGAUGGAUUUGGAACCUACUGUCCAACCACAUGUGGAGUAGCAGAUUACCUUGACAAGUAUAAACCAGGAGUGGAGAAGGAUCUAAAAUAUAUGGAGAACAUAUUAGAUGACAUUGCCAACACUACCGAGGGGGCCCAAGAGAAGGUCAACUAUAUGAAAGACCAGGCAACACAAGCCCAGAAGACCUCUUCAGACCUCUACAUCAAGAAGUCAACCAAUAUGUUGGAUGAUAUUCUACGCUAUGAGAAGACCAUUGUGUCUCAGGAAGAGCAGCUAUAUGCACUUCAACAAAUUCUAGACUCCACUACCAAGGACAUGCUGAAUCUUAGACAGCUGUCUCUUCAGCUGGAGCAGAAGUGCAUGGAGCCCUGCAAGGAGACUGUGACGAUCCAGCCCACCACAGGCAAAGACUGUCAAGAUGUGGCUAACAGAGGUGCCAAGGUCAGUGGCCUGUACUUCGUAAAACCAGACCAGGUGGACGAGGAGUUCCUGGUGUAUUGUGAGAUCGACAGCUUUGGCCGUGGGUGGACUGUACUCCAAAGGAGACGUGAUGGCAGUGUGGAUUUCAACCGAAACUGGAUCCCAUACAAGGAAGGUUUUGGAUACUUCUCUCCAGAUGACACCACUGAGUUCUGGCUGGGUCUUGAGAAGAUACACAAGUUGUCUGUGCAGUCAAGCAUUCCUUACGUACUGAGGGUGGAGAUGAAGGACUGGAACGGAAUGACAAAGUAUGCUGACUACUCCAUGUUCCGAGUGGGCUCAGAGCAGGACAUGUAUCGUCUGACCUAUGCCUUCUACAGUGGUGGUGAUGCUGGAGAUGCCUUUGAUGGCUUCGACUUUGGUGAUGACCCAAGCGACAAGUUCUACACAUCCCACAAUGGCAUGCAGUUCAGCACACCCGACAAAGACAAUGACAAAUAUGACGGAAACUGUGCUAAGCAGGAUGGAUCAGGAUGGUGGAUGAAUCGUUGUCACGCUGCUCAUCUUAAUGGAAAAUACUACCAGGGUGGCCAUUACUCAGAAAAGGAUGCUGGCGAAAAUGGUUAUGAUAAUGGCAUUAUUUGGGCUACAUGGCAGAGCCGCUGGUACUCACUGAAGGAGACAACAUUGAAGAUGAUCCCCAUCAACAGGCUGCAUGCAGGAGGGCAGCAAGCUGGAGUCAAGCAGGUUGGAGAUAUGUAAGGGCCACCUCUGGAGACCUCCACUCGGACAUUUUUUGUUUUGCACACUGUUGUUUUCUCUAUAUGAUCAUGUCGGUACAGAGCUGAGUUUUUGUUCGGAUAUGACCAAUGAAUAAAUGUUUUCUGUUUUCUAAAAGCA